AUGGCUGGUUCCUCGCCCGCACCUGUAGACAACGCCCCGGCUGCUGCUGAGGCGGUAGCCGCUGUUCCAGAGUCUGCUGCUGUUCCCGAGGCGGCUGCUGCCCCGGCUGCUGCCCCGGCUGCUGCCCCGGCUGCCAGCGAUGUUGACGACAAUAUCCUGCCCGGCCGCCAUUGGAUUGCUCAGGCCGAGAACGAUGCAGAUUCGUUUGUCGACAGCGUAGGCGACGAGACCACGGCCUCUCUGAGGUCCAGCAUUCGUAACUACAGGGAGAUCAAUGGCAGAACCUACCACGGCGAGGUCGGCCAAGCCGAAUACUGGGGCCCCAACGAUGACAGAGCGCAAGAGGGGCUUGACAUUCAAAAGUCCUUGAUAUCGGAACUGGAACAGCAGCUCACCGUCCAUAGUGACUUUGCGGAUGAGUUCCCCGGCGCCGAGGUGAUUGGCACCGACGUGUCGCCCAUCCAGCCCUCUUGGAUCCCGCCCAACCUCAAGUUUGAAAUUGACGACUGCACCCGAGAAUGGACAUAUGCCGAGAACAGCAUUGAUUACGUCCAUACUCGCUGGCUCGUCGGCAGUAUCGCUGACUGGACUGCUUUGUUCAAAGAAGCAUUCAAGUGCCUCAAGCCCGGUGGCUAUCUCGAGAGCCACGAGCCGUCGUCCGGCUUCGAGAACCAGGGCGAGCCCCUGGACCAGAAGAGUGCCUUGGCUCAGUGGGGCAAGUUCUUCGUCAAGGGCGGACAGAAGUUCGGUCGUCCUUUCACCGUCUUUGAGGAGCACAUCCAGAGAAAGGCGAUGGAGGCGGCCGGCUUUGUCGACAUUGAGGAGCGUGAGAUCAUCAACCCCGUUGGCAACUGGCCUGCCGAUCCCAAGACCAAGGAGAUUGCCCAGUUCUCUGAGGCGACCUUCCUUGAGGACCCCAAGGGAUACAUCGCCUUCUUCGCCCACGCCCUCGAUUGGACGACUGAAGAGAUUGAAAUGUACCUCUUGCGGUUCCGCCGCGAGCUCAAGUCGAGCAGUCACCGCGCCUUCUAUCGCCACAGGGUCGUCUGGGGCAAGAAGCCCCUGGUCUGA